ACUCAGCUCAGAUCGCGGAUCGUUUCUGCGAAGGGAAAGAGCAUCUGCAAUCGGACAUCCAGCAAAUUCAUGCGAGAGUUGACCGGUCAGUUGAAGACAUGCGUUCACUGGUUUGAAAUCACGCGAGCUAAGACAUUACUCAGAUUAAAAAGUACCACAGUACUGAAUUAGCACUGGAAGGUGUAUUUUCACAUCACUCUACUGACGUGACUUUUUGGAGGGUGUUUGAGGAGGACAUGACCUCAGUUGAAAUGUGUCUUGUCUUGGAUAUAAACAAUGAACGCUUGAGUCUGUGGAACUGAACAAUCCUGACAACUCCAGAGCAACAUCCAGUAACGACGUCUGGGCUGGAGAGCAGGUGCUUGUCUCUUCUUAAAGAGAAAAACAGACAGAGGAUGUGACAGAAAUAUGGGACAGUGUUUCCGAUUUGCAAUCACAGCAGAUUCGUAUUUUAUCUGCGUGUCCUUGUAACGCCGUCCAGUACUGACUGAAGCGAUCGGACCAGCGCACAGAGACGUACUUCCACUCGGUGUAACUCCUGCAAGAUCACCUCCAAAGUAACUUGCACGCCUGGUCGUCCCUGGAGCCCGCUCAUGGGUGCCGCUGGACCGGAUGGCGUGCUACUACCUUGUGAUCAGCUCCACGCACCUCAGCAAUGGACACUACCGGAGCAUCAAAGGAGUUUUCCGGGGUCCGCUCUGCAAAAGCACCGGAGGCGAAUCACCGGACUACCCUAAAAAAGAGAAAGCCAUUGCAAAAGCCCUUGGGGAUUUGAAGGCUAACUUCUAUUGUGAACUAUGCGAUAAGCAGUACCAUAAACAUCAGGAGUUUGACAACCACAUCAACUCAUAUGACCACGCACAUAAACAGAGGCUGAAAGAGUUGAAGCAGAGAGAAUUUGCACGGAAUGUCUCCUCCAAGUCCUGGAAAGAUGAGAAAAAGCAGAAAAGAGCUCUGAAACGACUGCACCAGCUUGCACAACUUAAACAGCAAAGAGACAGUGAUGACAGGAAAGGUCCAAAGUUAAGGUUUACAAACAAGGAUAAAGAUCAAGUUAGAAUCCCCACUGCUGACAGUAGCAGGUUUGACACAAAACCAAUAGCAUCAUCAGUACGAGACUCAACUGUCUCUUUGAAGGCCUUGUCCUCCACUCAUAUACCCACACAUCAACAGCUAUGCCAUGAAAAACACCCCUUACAGAAUAAAUCCUCUGCAGGACACCGGAGCCCCAGGGCAGGGGUCUCAUUCUGUUUCUCCAGGCGAGCUCAACUGAAGCUUGACUCUUGUGCAUCUGUGUUUAGUGAUGGACUUGAAGAGACCAGUGACUAUCAAGAGCUCCAGCGCCACAGGCACAGACUCGCCCUAGAGGCCCUCUGGUCCUGCUCAAGCUCACCCAGAACCCCAAGUAAUGAUGGCCAUGAUAUAUCCCAUGAUCCACCGACUCUGGAAUGGGUGGAUGGAGACUCUCAAACACUACAAAUAGAAGCACAAGCAGAACAUGUGGAAAGCUCUGAAAUUAAGGCAAACUACAGCACAAGUGAGCCAGAGAAGCUGGGGUGUCGUGACACUCACAGUCCUAGAGCAGACUGGAAGCCAGCUGGUUCAGAGGACAGAUUGCUCGAUGGGGGGCAGAGGCCCAGGGCAGAGAGGACUUAUGGGGGAUCAGAGGAGAGAGAAUGCCUCAAGUGCCCCGGCCCUACUGUUUACACAGAUGGACAGGGCACCAUGGCCCAAGGCCAACUCCAAAUACACAAAUGCUCAAACCACCAUACACAGAAAAGCAGCAAACACAGUAUUAUGCAGAAUGAGAAGGACUGUUUAUCAGAAAAAGAGACAGAGGAGUAUAAAAUACACAAAGUGAGCAAGAAUGAAAAUACAGGUUCUUUCCUUAAUGUACUGAGCAAGGAUGGAAGUGUGACGAAGUGGCCUUCUGAGCUGGUGCAGUACACUUCCAGCAAGCCACAGGUAUCUUACAGCUGUAACCCUCUAUACCACUAUUUCAAACAGAUGGAGGGCAAAGUCAAAAGCACAAAAGCUGAGGAGUCAGAUCUCUGUGUUGUCGACAAACUCGCAGGCCAAAACGACAGAGCUGUUCCAGGAGGUAAAUUAGGCAUUUUAAAACCAAAGAUACCCAAACACAGGAGAAAGGGAAAAAAACUUAGGCGUAAAUUAGAUGCUGUCAGGAUCCAGCAAGCGUGCUGUGCAUUCAAAACCUGCUCGCAGACAGAAGCUGGAGGACACUUUGAAUUCCAAAGCACUCCAACCGACACGUCACAAAACAAACAAGCAUGCACUGAGAGGAGGCACAAGCUGGGAAAGAGAAAAAGAUCAGUGAGAGAUAAGACUUCAAAUGAAAGUGGCACCCCAGAGCACAGCCUCAAAAGCAUUGUUGUAAGCUCGCUUUCUGCCCCAGCACGUAAAAGGAAGAAAUGUCAAACGAUGAGGGGGCUUGUGUCGGCACUGCGCUUGGUAAGGCGAAGGCCUUUGUCAUAUUCUGUUCACAACACGACAGGAAGAGAGGAAAAUUAUCGCUGGUAUGACGACACCUAUGAUUCAAAGAGGAAUGCUGCCUCAACUCCCAUCAGGGACAAAUCUGGGUCAUGGAGUGGCCUGUCAGACUUAAACUCAGAUGGGGAAUCACCUGUGUCCCACAUGGGGAGAUGUUCCACCUCACCAAGAUCAAACUAUCUGUACCCUUUGAGAAAAGAGCAUAGUCAGUCCAGGUCUUACAUUAGAAGUAUUUCUUACAAUGAUCCUCACUACAGUUACAGUCCAUGCAAAGAUUCUGAACUUACAGGAGAAAGUUGGGAUUACACAGACCCUUACAUCUACAAUAAGCGAAAAUAUUCAACAGUUUGUAACAGCCCAGAUCAGCACGAAAGGUACGGCAUCAGAAGGCACAAAAGGUUUAUCGAGGAGCAUAAGUACAGAGAGCACAGAUUUCAGCAUACAGGUAGGCAGUUAUUUUAUAGAGUCUAUGACAGUCCUGAACCUCAAGAAGAUGUCAGGGACUGGUGGUAUGAAAGGCUUAGCCCUGUAGGUAGGAGGCACAGGGAUAGAGAAGAAUUUCCUUGGUCAAGUCCAGAAAGAAGUGAAGACAGUUGGUAUAACAAGCCAGUGUCCAUUCAUAGCCCCAGUUCCUCUAGUACCACUAGCAUCUCUGAUCUUAGUGGGGACUGGUUGUCUAAUUCCAAUAUUAGGCAAUCCCCUUCUGGACAGAGCCAGAAACAUUGCAGUUCUUCUGGAUGGCCAUUCGAGAGAUUGGUCAAGACCAAAUCCUCCCAUUCUCUUCUUAGAAAGAGGAGUCAUUCACCCCCAUUAGUUACAAGUAACCAUGCAGCUCAGCCUACAUCCUUACAAUCAGGUGUUGGGACAGAAUGUGUUACACACAAAUCUAACCCAAUGCCAACAAACCAGUUGGCUGAGAAGGAUCCUAAAGUAAUGAAAGCAAAUACUACACUCACCUUACCGCUAAUUGGAAAAUUGCCCUCUAUUAAGAAAGGGGCAAGAAAAAUAAGGAUUAAUAAAGAUGAUGCAAGUGCCUGUAUUAGUAAACAGGUUCAAACAUCUUCAACUGGUUCAUCAAAUCCACAAGUUAUACCUCAAGCUUGUCUUGAAGUUGCCAAGGAGGAUACAUCAACAGAAACCUGUGCUGCUUCAGCUCUGAAUCCAGACAUGACUUUGUCACAAAAGCUCAACAUCAGAAACCAAGGGGACAAUGCAGAAAUUGCAGGGAUUCACUGUUCAAAACGCACCACCCCUCCGCUUUCAGAGCAACCGAUCACCUUUACUGAUGACGAGAUUGAGAAGUACAGAUUGCUUCAACUCCAGGCCCAGCAGCACAUGCAGCAGCAGCACCUUCAAGAGCAAGCAUCUGUAGACAUGACCCAUUUACCGGUACCAAAUCCAGAGCCAUCCGACCAGACCACACUUUCAGCCUGUCUGCCAUACAGCAUACUCCAGCCCUCUUCUACACCCUCUUCUAUUGCUCCUCACCCUUCCUCUGUUGCCCUGCUCACUCCCCUUCAUGCCUCUCUCUCUCAGCCCAGUUUUGCCCCUCCAAUUCCCGCUGCCUUUUUAUCAGCGCUGCCUGCAACUAUGUUGGCAGCUCAACCCUUUCACCUGAUCCCAGCCUCAUCCCUCCACCCAGUUCACCCUCACCAUCAUGUUCCUGGGUUGACUCUCCAUCCCCUGCCUCCUUUUUCUCUGCUUCCCACGAUGCUCAGUCCAAUGCCCAUGGCUGCAGCCGCUGCCGCUGCUGUUGCUGCUGCCAGUACUCUGCAGAUCCACCCCCUACUACAUCCUCUGUUCCACAGCCAAGACCUUCAUCGCCACCCUGGACCAACCAGCUAGCUCUGGUCAGAACGACAUGGCCAAGGAAAAUAAAAAUAUAUACAUCAGAAUAUGAGAAUAAUAGCUUACAAGCCCAGCCCAAGUGUGCUGUGAACUUUCUGGUGUUUAGGUUCUACUUUCAGCCAAAGUUCAUGUUGAGUAGUGAUUGAUUUUUGUUCCAUCUCUGUGUGUUGCAGUGUAGACUCAAAGAUAGUGGGACUUUUUACUUUGUUGUUUAUUGUUCCAUUCUUCAUACAUCCAUCGUCUCCCCGCAUUAACACACAGAUGAAAUUCUCCUGCCUCAGCGCACUGUGAUUUAUCAGCAGUUGAGCCCAAUCAGCAGUUGGCUGAAAUUAAACAUAACCUGAAGUCAAAUUAAAAUGUUAAUGCCUUCUUCAAUUAGUAAUAAGUAUAAUUAGCAUAUUUUUACAGUUAGACUACCCAGCAAGUAUUCAAAGGACUUUAUUUAUGAAGAACUUAUGGGAGAUACCCUUGAGCAACCUUAAACUGACUAAGCAAAAUGUACAUGAAAAUUCUGAAUAAUUCAGAAUAAAAUUCAGAGAAAAGUUUUUUUUUGUUGUUGUUGUUGUUGUUUGUUUUGUUUCAUUAAAUUCUUCUUUUUACAAUAUGAAAAUUUACAUCAUUAUUUGGUGCGAAAUACAGCAUGUGAUUGAGCUAUUGUAUCUCUUAAUGGAUUUAGCAGUGUUCAUCACUUCAGUUGAAAAUGUCCUGUUUUUAAUUUUUAUUUACUGUGUUGUUUAGUAGGUUAGAGUAAGUUUGUACUUGCUCAGCUGUAGUGUGGACAUGCAAUAAUGUUUUUUUCAAUCUAUUUAAAGUGUAAAAUCUUGAACUGUAUUUAUGUAUUCAUACUUUGUAAUGUAAGUAAUAACAAAUAACAUGCACUUGAUUGUUCAUACAUGUUUAAAAUGCUUUUUAUUCUCUCUUAUUUUGGUAGAGCCAGACAUACUUUCAUCUGUAAGAUAAUGUCAUGGGAAUAAUAAUAAAUUAAAUGUCAUUCCGAGAAAUGACAGUUUUGUUA